AUGGAGGAGCUUCCGAUAAAACCAUCAGGCAUUUUCAUGCAGCAGGACUUCAUCACUCCUGAACACGAAGAAAAGCUUAUUUACAUCUUUGAGAAUGAGCUAGAGUGGCCAACUCGUCCAGGACGACUAUCACUGCAUUAUGGAUACACCUUCAGCUACAAAACAUUUGGCAUCGACGAGGAAACACCUUUCAAGCCGUUCCCAGACUGGCUAGAACCUCUACUUCCAACCACUGAAGGACGCCAUCCUGAUCAAGUCUGUCUGCAACAAUACGCUCCAGGCACGGGAAUACCACCCCACGUUGACACCCACGGCCCUUUUGAUCAACUCUACUCCCUCUCUCUUGGGUCACCCUUGUUCAUGCAAUUCGCAAAUAAAGAGACUGGAGAGAAGAUAGAGAUUGACUUGUUGCCGAGGAGUAUGAUGCAGAUGAGCGGUGACUCACGAUUGCAUUGGACUCACGGCAUUAAAUCUCGCAAAACAGACACUCUUCCUGAUGGGACCGUCAGGUUGAGACAGCUUAGAUGGAGUCUUACAUAUAGAUGGCUUCGCCCCGGCGCAGAAUGCGACUGCGGGAAUGAGAAACUCUGCGACACAGCACAGCGACGGAAUGGAGUUGAGAGGGAAUAUCGAUGGAAGCAAUACGAAGAAGAUGCGAAGAAAACCGAAGCCCCGCAGUCAUAG